GGAGCUUUGAGUUGUCAUCAGCUGAGAGAAUGAUCAGCGAAUACUCGCAAGGUUGCGAAUUUAUCAGCAGAAAACAUUAAUCAACAUGUUGUGCAUUAGGUUGGGACGUGGCUCCUUGAGGCGAUUGGUGCCCCCUUUUGCUGCAACUGCUGGGAGUGGGAGUGCAAUCUUUCAAACAUCAGGAGUAGUUGAAAUACAUACUCCAGUUGUUGAACCAUUGUUAUUAACCUACGAAUAUUCUAGCAAUGUGCCUACUGACUUUUACAGUCAUUUACACUACACUGGAGUUAGGCAACAAGCAACCACAGAACCUCCUAGUGACGGUGGUGAGAUCCGUGGCAGAGGUCGAAGAGCCGGAAGUGGUGUUAACAGUGGAAGAGGCAACGGCUCUGGUAAUGGAGCAGACAAGGGCAGUGGAAAAGGUGGUGAUGGACAAAUGUGUUGUCCUAAAUGUGGUGACCCCUGCAGCCAUGUUGAAACUUUUGUUAACUCAACACGUUUUGUCAAGUGUGAAAAGUGCCACCACUUUUUUGUGGUGAUCAGUGAUGCUGACAACAAGCACUCUGCAGAAGGGAACGGCUUCAACGGCAAGCGCCGCGUUGGGCGUGAAGUCAAAGAAGAACCUGUGGGCCAAAGAGCUCCUCAGCCCCGCAAACCUCCACCUCCACCUAAGAAGAUCUACGAGUACCUGGAUAGUCAUGUCAUCGGGCAGGAGCGUGCCAAAAAAGUCCUAAGUGUUGCUGUCUACAAUCAUUACAAAAGAAUUUAUCAUAAUAUUCCUCAAGCAAAACCCGAGCCUUUACCUCUCGACGGCGUGCCUAUACAACACCAUACAAGCUUCCAGAUUGGUGGCAUUUCUGGCAACACCAGCGCCAAAGAUGGCAAUACUACCUGGGCACCUGGUGCUAAAGAAGAGCUGCUGCGUCAUCUACAAGGCAUGAGCCAGCAAAGUAGUGCUCUUGGUGUGGGAAAUUACGAGGGUGGCUCUGACGAUGGCAAGGGAGAAGCUCAAGGCCCUCAAGGCUCAGAUGUUCUCGAGUCGUCUACUCACAAUCUCCGCCUUGAGAAGAGCAACGUCUUACUGCUGGGGCCCACUGGUUCAGGCAAGACCCUCAUUGCUCAGACUAUCGCCGCUUGCCUUGACGUGCCUUUCGCUAUCUGCGACUGCACAACUCUGACUCAAGCUGGCUACGUGGGUGAAGACAUUGAAAGCGUCAUUGCAAAACUAGUGCAAGAUGCUAACUACAAUAUCGAUAAAGCACAGCAGGGCAUCGUUUUCCUGGACGAAGUAGACAAAAUAGGGGCUGUCCCCGGCAUUCAUCAACUGAGAGACGUAGGAGGUGAAGGAGUCCAGCAAGGCAUGCUCAAAAUGCUAGAGGGGACGAUGGUCCAGGUGCCUGAACGUAACAGCCCUCGCAAGCUCCGAGGGGAAACCAUUCAAGUAGACACCACCAACAUCCUAUUCGUCGCAUCAGGAGCUUUUAACGGACUAGAUAGAGUGGUAUCGAGACGCAAUAAUGAGAAAUAUCUUGGCUUUGGCGCCGCCACGGGUGAUGGAGCAGGUCGGCGAGCAGCUAGCCAGGCCGAUGUGGCUCACCAGACUGGCAGCACCGACGCUCUUGAGGACAUGCAAGAGAAAGAUGCUCUUCUCAGCAAGUGUGAGGCUCGCGAUCUCAUUGAGUUUGGCAUGAUUCCUGAAUUUGUUGGCCGUUUCCCCGUUGUUGUGCCUUUCCACUCUCUCACUGGCGAGAUGCUGGUGCGCAUCUUGACUGAGCCUCGCAACGCACUCGUGCCGCAGUUCCAAAUGCUGUUUGGCAUGGAUAAUGUCGAAUUGCACUUUGAUGCUGAUGCUCUCAAGGAAAUCUCAACCAUGGCCAUGGAGAGAAAAACUGGAGCACGAGGACUAAGGGCGAUAAUGGAAAAUCUUCUUCUGGACGCUAUGUUUGAAAUCCCCGGGUCUGACAUCGAGAAGGUUUUGGUGACGGCACAAGCUGUGCGCGGUGAGGUGCCGCCCACCUACCAGCGCCAGCCUGACGAGCCCACGGAAGCUCAGCAGCACGUCGACGACCAGGAGGACGAGAGACAACUCGAAGUGCAGCUCAAGUGAAACAUCGCUAGCCUGUAAAUAUGUAGAAAAUAUUCGGUGACAAUAGUUUGAAGCAUUGAGUUAUGCCUUAAUUUCAUACGUUGGUCUUUGUCAGCAUUGUUCUUUUGCAUUUACAUUCACGAUGUAUGCCUUGCCACGCGGGAGAAUUUCCUAUUUAGUGCAUUUGCGAUGUGAAUUACUCCUUCCUUCAACAAACUGGUUCUGUUUUAAAAUUGAUUUGGAUUAUUUUUUGCCUGAUGACGUCGGGUGUCUUGCAGACUCGAAAAAAACUUUUGUGUGGGGACCCAGUACAAAAAUUAUUGCCACACGCGUG